GCGACUUCCCAGGGACUGCUGGGGCGCCACAGGGAGGCGGGCCGGGGGGCGGCGGGGCGUGAGCUGAGUGCGGCCGACCUCCCUUUCUCUGCUCCUCUCCAGCGUCAUUUCGGCCUCUUCGCUCGUCUGAACCGUGCCCCUGGGCUAGGUAGGAAACAUGAGCGACAACAAGUUGAGUGGGAAUGAUGAGUUUGAUGAGCAGUUGCGAAUGCAAGAAUUGUACGGAGACGCCAAGGACAGCGACACUCAGAAGGAUCCCAGCGGAGAAACCAAUUCUUUCGGGCAGCAUUCGUCUGACACCCCCUACGAGUGGGACCUGGACAAGAAGGCUUGGUUCCCCAAGAUCACUGACGAUUUCAUUGCUACCUAUCAAGCCAAUUACGGCUUCUCUAAUGAUGGUGCAUCUAGUUCUACUUCAAACAUACAAGACGUCAAUACUAAGUCUGCAGAGGAACCUCCGCAGAGACAACCCCCUGAACCCACUGAUUCCAGAAGGAAGGGAGAAAAAAGAAAGGCUGAAUCAGGAUGGUUUCAAGUUGAAGAAGACAGAAAUACGAAUGUUUAUGUGUCUGGUUUGCCUCCAGACAUUACAGUGGAUGAAUUUAUACAGCUUAUGUCCAAGUUUGGCAUUAUUAUGAGAGAUCCUCAGACAGAAGAAUUUAAGGUCAAACUUUACAAAGAUAAUCAAGGAAAUCUUAAAGGAGAUGGCCUUUGCUGUUAUUUGAAGAGAGAAUCUGUGGAACUUGCAUUAAAACUUUUGGAUGAAGAUGAAAUUAGAGGCUACAAAUUACAUGUUGAGGUGGCAAAGUUUCAACUGAAGGGGACAUAUGAUGCCUCAAAGAAGAAGAAGAAGUGCAAAGACUAUAAGAAGAAGCUGUCUCUGCAACAAAAGCAGUUGGAUUGGAGACCUGAGAGGAGAGCUGGACCAUCCCGAAUGCGCCAUGAGAGAGUUGUCAUCAUCAAGAAUAUGUUUCAUCCUAUGGAUUUUGAGGAUGACCCAUUGGUGCUGAAUGAGAUCAGAGAAGACCUUCGAGUAGAAUGUUCAAAGUUUGGUCAAAUUAGGAAGCUCCUUCUCUUUGAUCGGCACCCAGAUGGUGUGGCCUCUGUGUCCUUUCGAGAUGCAGAGGAAGCUGAUUAUUGCAUUCAUACUCUCAAUGGAAGAUGGUUUGGUGGUCGUCAAAUCACUGCCGAAGCAUGGGAUGGAACUACAGAUUAUCAGGUGGAGGAAACCUCAAGAGAACGAGAGGAAAGGCUGAGAGGUUGGGAGGCAUUCCUCAAUACUCCUGAGGACAACAGAGGCUUUCGGCGUUCAAAUUCUGUCUGUACUUCAGAAAGGGCAGGGCCUUCUAGAGUAAGGCAUUUUUCAGAGCACCCUAGCACAUCUAAAAUGAAUGCUCAAGAAGCUGCAACUGGAAUGGCAUUCGAAGAACCUAUAGAUGAGAAGAAGUUUGAAAAGACCGAAGAUGGGGGAGAAUUUGAAGAAGAUGCUUCUGAAAAAGCUGCUAAAGAAGGUGGCCCUGAAAAAGAAGCUGAAGAAGGCUGCCCUGAAAAAGAAUCUGAAGAGGGCUACCCCACAAGGGAGUCUGAAGGAGGCCGCCCAAAGAGAGAGCGUGAAGAAGGCACUUCUGUAAAAGAGUCUGAAGAAGAUAGUCCUAAAAAGGAGGCAAAAGAGAAUGUCCCUGAAAGAGAAUCUAAAAAGAAGAGGUUCACAGAUGAUUAUGAAGAGAAUGGCCUUGCAAAAGAGUCUGAAGAUGACCCCAACAAGGAAUCUGAAGAGGAGAGUGACCCCAAAAAAGAGUCAGAAGAAGAUGACUCAGAGAGAGAGUUGGAUGAAGACUGCUCUGAAAAACCAUCUGAAGAUGUCUCCGAAAAAGAAUUUGAAGAAAAUGGUCUCGAGAAAGAUUUUGAUGAAGAUGGCUCUGAAAAAGAUUUGGAUGAAAAUGUGCUUGACAAAGAGUUAGGAGAAAAUGAUUCUGAGGACUCUGAAUUAGAAGAUGAUGUCUCUGAAAAAGUGUUAGAUGAGGAAGGCUCCGAAAGAGAGUUGGAAGAAGAUUCAGAUGAAAAGGAAGAAGAUGCAUAUGAUAAAGUAUUUGAUGAUGAGUCCGAUGAAAAGGAAGAAGAAGAUGAAGAAGACGGAGAAGAAAAAGGGCUUGAAGAUGCUGAUGAAAAGGAGGAAGAUGAUGAUGCAGAUGAAAAGCUGUUUGAAGAUUCAGAUGACAAGGAAUAUGAAGACGAUGCAGAUGGAAAGGAAGACGACCCAGAUGAAAAGUUGUUUGAAGAUGAUGAUUCCAAGGAUAAGUUGUUUGAGGAGGAGGAGGAAGAAGAGUCUAGUGAGAAGUUGUUUGAUGAUUCUGAUGAGAAAGGGAUUUUUAGUUGUUUGGGCAGUAUUAAGGAGGAAGGGGCCCUGUCCACAGACAGCAGCUUUGUCCUCAGUAGUGAUGAUGAUGAUGAUGAUAUUUAAUCCUUAAACUCGCUUUUUAGGGAGAGUCCUCCAUUUACAUUUAUUUGCCUGUGCUUCAGGGUAAUUACUAGUAGUGUUACAAGAACAUGUGCAUAGUGAUAGGAUGCCAUCAGAUUAAUGCGUUAAAGUUUUUUCAUUGUUACUUGUAUCUAACGAUUUUAAAUAUAUGUUAAUUGUUCAGUUAAAAUGUCAUAGUCAUAAUGCAAGUAAACUGGAUACUUGUCCUUUUGUCAGAUUUGUUAAAUGCAUGCAGAAUAAUAUUUUUAAAAGUAUUCUGAUUGAAAUUUGUGAUAUUCAACAAUAAAAAUAAGUUGAUAAUUAUGCAGAAA